GCUUUGAGGAAGAGACUAUUGUGCUGUGCUGUGCUCCAGUUCUGGAACAGUAGAGAGCUGUGGAGAUUCCUGUGUUUCCACACAUGUCCUACUGAUGUGAAAUAGGAGAAAGAGCCACGGACGAGGUUCUUCGUUGGCAUUCCUUCUCUGUCAGCUACAAGGGUACUCUAAUAAGCUGCGCAUUGCUGGAGGCUGGCGUCGCUACAGGUGAAUGAGUCGUAAAUUAGUGGCCUUGUCAAUUGGAAUGCCUGCUCAAAUACCGAGGAGACCAGAGAUAAUGAGUGAAGAUCAGUUAAUGAAGGAAGUCUUGGAUAAGUUUGUCAACUGUCAUGAGCAAACCUAUGAAGAAUUUCUGAGCACUUUUACUCAUCUUUCAAAAGAGGAUAAUGUAGCCAAAGGGGGAGCACAUGGAAUGGAUUUAUCAGAAAAUACACUUACUGCUGAGAAAUGGAAUCACAAAAUUGAAUCGAAUGGUCAUCAUUUUAGAAAUAGAACCAUCUUUCUUCAUGAUUCCUCCGAAUGCUCAGAAGAGGACCAGAUAGUGAUCGAUGAAGGCCAGAAAGUUGGCAGUUCCUUUCAAGGUGAUAUGACCCGGGCAGGAAAGGUGAAGGUAGACAACUUCAUAGACUUAGAAGAUGUGGACACGGAGGAAGAGAGUAAGCCCCAGAUGAACAAGGAUUGGAUGCUACUUCCGGGUGAGGUGGAACAGUCUAUAAGCACCAGUGUUCCUGCUUAUGUCCCUUCUGUGGAUCUGCCACUCAUCUCUGAGGGGAAGCCAAAGCCCUCUGUGGGAAGAACUCAGAAGCAAACUGAAGAGAUACUUGGAGAUGAAGUUCAGCCAUUCUUUCUUGAUGAAGACUUUGAUUAUGACAAUGUGACUCUCACUCCGAAGUUUACUGCUGGAGAGAUAGCAACCAUCCAAGAGCUGGCCAAGCAAAAGAGAGCGGAUACCGGUACUGACGUGUGCGAACUGCAUGACUGAGUCACCAGACGUCUCUGUGUCUAUUUUUAUUUUGUUCAUAGUCAAACAACAUUAGAAUAAAGCAUAUCCCAACUGAUUCUCUUUGUGGAAA